AGUUUACCGGCACGGAUUUUCACGUGUGGUAUAAAUCGAAAAGCUCUGCGCUGUAGAUCCACUACACUACAUUCCAAAGUUUGUUUAAAUGGUUUUUAUAUUAUUGUCCAUGAGCCAAAAACAAAAAGCAGAGUUUUAAGUCGAAAUGGGGAAAAGGAAACGUAACUUCAAUGCUAGGGCACGUCAAAUCGUUGACGAUUCCGAGGUUAGGAAAGCCCAUCGGACUCCUUGCGUGGCUGUAGAAGAAGUAUCAACGGAUGGUCGUUCUUCCCUGCCCCCGGAACUCCGGGGUGCAAGUCACAGCUGUGUGCUGGACAGCAAUGCGCUGGUGUUGCCAGGCAAGAAAACGGAUACCGAUAUCGAGACGAAAAGACUGAAAGCCGAGCAAAAUCAGCCGAAGCAACUCAGUAAAAAACAGCGUAAGAAACUGCAGAAAGUACUGGAGCAGAAAGAAAAGAAAGGGAAGCGAGCUGAGCUCCUUGCUUCUCUGGCUGAGCAUCAAGCCUCUACAGAGGAGAUGUCAAUGUUUUCUUCAUUUGCACACAUUGGCCAGAAGUCAAAUAAAAGGAAGCUGGAAAGUACUGGCAAUGUUAAAAUUAACAGUAUCAGUGGAAGUAACAAGAGAAAGAAAUUACAAGAACAAGAUUGUAAAAGCAUUGAUUCAUCAUCAUCUUCAUCCUCUGAAGAUGAGGAAGAGGAGGCUAAAGACAUGGAGAGGAAUGAAUCAGAAGGAGAGGAGCAACAGAGGAGUGGAUCAAACAUUCACCAUACUAACAAUAAAUGUGUUGAAAGAACUUCAGUGAAAGAACAGAAUUCUGCUGUUGCUUUAAAUGAUAAGAAUACAAGAACUAAAGAUGAAAGUGAUAGUGAAAAUAAGACAAUGAAAGACGAAGUCAAAACUGAGCCUGCGACAUAUGUUCAAGUGAAGAGAUCACCUGAAAUUCAGGAGGGGAGGCUUGCAUUGCCAAUUCUUGCUGAGGAACAGGUUGUAAUGGAGGGUAUCCAUGACAACCCUGUUGUUAUCAUCUGUGGUGAGACUGGGAGUGGAAAGACAACUCAAGUACCUCAGUUUCUCUAUGAAGCUGGUUAUGCAAUGAAAGGUCUGAUAGGUGUAACAGAACCACGACGUGUAGCUGCAGUUAGUAUGUCACAACGUGUUGCCAAAGAGAUGAAUCUACCUCACAGUGUGGUUUCCUAUCAGAUCCGUUAUGCUGGCAACGUUUCAGAUGAUACAAAGAUCAAAUUCAUGACUGAUGGUGUGCUAAUGAAGGAGGUCCAGAAGGAUUUCUUACUCACCAAGUAUUCUGUCAUCAUCAUUGAUGAAGCUCAUGAAAGGAGUGUGUAUACAGAUAUCCUUAUUGGUCUACUGUCCAGGAUUGUACCACUAAGACAUAAGAAAGGAAACCCUUUGAAGCUUGUCAUUAUGUCAGCUACUCUGAGAGUUGAAGACUUCACAGAGAACAAGAGACUAUUCAAGGUCACUCCACCAGUCAUCAAGGUUGAAUCGAGACAGUUUCCUGUGACCAUUCAUUUUAACAAGCGUACACCUGUUGAAGACUAUGUCACCGAAGUAUAUCGUAAGGUUUUGAAAAUUCACCGGACCUUACCACCAGGGGGCAUCCUUGUCUUUGUUACUGGUCAAAAUGAGGUCAACACACUUUGUCGUAAAUUCAAGGCUGUUGGGAAGAGACCUGGACCCAAGCAGACAGGUACUGAAAAAUCAGGGACAGGUUCAAAUGAGGACCAGGACCUGAAAGAAGACCAGGAACCAGUCCAAGAAGAUCUGAAGAAGGAGGAAGCAGAGAAGAAGGCUUUCAAGAAAUGGAAAUUACCCAAGAUCAGUUUGGACAGUUAUUCAGCCCAGCCUCAUGAUGUGGAGAAUGAUGUCGAUGAUGAAAUAGAUGAUGAUGAUAAUAUUGACAGUGAUGGUGAAUCAGAGGAAGAAGUUGAUGAUGGAGUUGAAGAGGAUGAGGAAAAGGCAUUGAAGCCAGAAGCUGCCGAGGACCAGGUCCCGAUGUAUGUCCUUCCCAUGUACUCCCUCCUGGCUCCUCAUCGACAGGCCCAGGUCUUCAGAUCACCUCCAGAGGGCAGCAGACUGGUUGUGGUAGCUACUAAUGUGGCUGAAACCUCUCUCACCAUCCCUGGCAUCAAAUAUGUGGUGGACACUGGCAGGGUCAAGAGGCGUUUCUAUGACAAGGUCACUGGUGUGUCAUCAUUCAAGGUCACCUGGACGUCCAAAGCAUCAGCCAAUCAGAGAGCAGGGAGAGCUGGUAGGACUGAACCAGGUCACUGCUAUAGGUUGUUUUCAUCUGCUGUCUUUGGUAAUGAUUUUGAGACCUUUGACCCAGCUGAGAUCACCAGGCGACCUGUCGAUGACCUCAUCUUACAGAUGAAAGAUAUGGGUAUAGACAAGGUGGUGAACUUUCCUUUCCCAACUUGUCCAGAUGAAGAGAGUCUGAAGGCUGCAGAAAGGUUAUUAAUCUCCCUUGGUGCAUUGGAACAGCCUCCCAAACCAAAGACAUUCAGAGAUAUGAAGAAAGAGUUCUUCAGCACAAGGAUCACAGAUGUUGGUCGAGCCAUGGCAUGUUUGCCCGUUGCCCCAUGUUAUGCUAAGAUGAUCUCAUUGGGUCAGCAGGAAGGAUGUCUGCCCUAUGUCAUAGCUUUAGUAUCAGCACUCACAGUCAGAGAAAUCUUUGAGGAAAGCUCUGUACAAGGAAACACAGAUGCAGAGAAAGAAGUGCACAAGAAGCUGCAAGCAAGAGUGAUGCAUAAUAAGAAAAUAUGGGCUGGAAAGGGUGAGAAAUCCCUUCUAGGAGACUUGAUGGUGUUGUUAGGUGCUGUAGGUGCUUCUGAAUACGCUGGAUGUACAUCUGCAUUUUGUGCAUCACAUGGUCUAAGAUACAAGGCAAUGGUUGAGAUCAGAAAACUCAGAAGACUUCUCACAAAUGCAGUUAAUGCUGUUGAUAGUGAAUGUGGAGUCUUUAUGGACCCUAAGAUGGCCCCGCCCACUUCCACUCAGGUGAAGAUGCUUCGUCAGAUUGUUCUAGCUGGCCUUGGACACCAUGUAGCCAAACGAAUGUCAGCUGACCAGGAGGGCUUUCAAAGAGGAGGUUAUCAGAGCGUUGGCAUGGAGGACGCUGUCUUCAUCCAUCCCAAUUCUGCUCUAUUCAAGCAGCUGCCGGAUUAUGUUGUCUAUCAGGAAAUCAUUGAGACCACCAAGCCUUACAUGAGAGGUGUUACAGCGAUUGAAGGAGAGUGGUUACCUGUUCUCUUCCCUAAUCUCUGUACCUUCUCCAAGCCUCUUGAGGAACCCACUCCUUCAUACCAUUCUCCAUCUGGGACAGUCAAGUGUCACAUGACCUGUACGUUUGGGAGGAAUGCAUGGCCUCUUCCAGCCCAAGAAUUGGACUUCCCAAAGAGUCUGGACAAAGUCAAAUGGUUUGGAAAAUUCCUUCUUGAGGGAAAGGUUAUACCUGGACUGAAGAAGUUUACCCCAUCUCUUCUUUCUACACCAAGUACUAUGAUCAAAUCAUGGGCAAAACUACAGCCAAGAACAGAGGUGUUAUUGAAAGCUCUAGCAGGGAAAGAAGUUGAUAAUAAAUCAUCUCUAAUUGAUGAAUGGAGGAAAGACAUACAAUAUUUGCUACUUGCCUACCAAGAAUGGAUAUCUAAAGAUCUUCAUGCAGACUUGGUGAUGUCAUGGCCUCCGAUAAAACUAGAUGAAGAUGAAUGAGACAAUCUCUGUAAUACACUCGCUCCCUUUAUGUCAUCAUGGCAAUUGUUUCCAAUGUAUGAGUACUGGUUUUCUUUAAAUACCACAUGUCAUUGCUCAGUAGGAGAUGAGCAGACAGUUUUCUUUCAACUUACAUGCUGUCACUGUAGUCGACCACUUUCUGUAAAGACAAUUUAUGCCUCCAGGCAUCCUUUGUGAAAUGAUUGCAUCACAAAUCUUCCAAUAUCCAUCGCAAAAUGUUGACUGUCUUGGAAAUCAAACCUUUCCAAGAUUCCCAUUUUUCCACAAGGGUUUUUCAGAUUGCUGUGACAGGAUUGCCUUUCAUGAAAUAUCUAGACAUGGUCUAAUAAACAUGCUUUCAUUCACUAUAUAAUGGGUUCGAGUUAUAUAUUUGAUUCACCAGAAAUUUUUUGAUCUAUUUUUUGUCGUCGUCAUUUUUUUUUUUUUUUUUUUUUGGGGGGGCUGAUGUUUGUUUAGGACAUAAAUGUCACAGUGGAGGUACUCCUGUAUUGUAGAUUGGUCUGUAUGCAAAUACAAUUGGACUAAAUUUACAUAUGCUGUGCUGUUUGGUGUAAAUUCCAAUUGCUGUUCAGAGAUCUUUAUCACAGGCAAGAAAUGUUAAGAGGCAAUAUUUGAACCUUUUCAUUCUUUUAGGUAAAAAAAUGAUAAAAUGACUUGAAAAUGAAUGCAUUCAGGGUUAGGAACCAGGGACAGGCAUUUCAAGACUCAAGGUCACUCUAUUACAUAUGUAGAAUUGUCUGGAACUCCAGAAAACAUUAUUUGUAUAUAACUUGAGGGGCCCGACUAAGAGUUGCUUUUAAUCAAGUGCAAGUCCUUAACAUGCAUGUUCUAUUGGUUGUUAAGUUGGGUGUAGUUUUUCAAGUUGCAAUCUGGGCCCCAUCUAACAAUUGAUCCAAUCAAUCUGAACUAUAUGGAAAUCCAACAAUGUCAUCAUUUUUUCUUCAGGAAAUUUGCACAAUGUCCUUUGUAAGGAAAGAAAAGAACACUAAAAUAAAAAAAAUGUGUGAUUUUACAUAUCUAGAAAAUAUUUUGAACAACCAUUUAUUUUAGAUGUUAACAUUGCUAGCUUUCCAUAGUUGUGGUUGAUCAGAUCAAUCAUAACUCUUUGUAAGACCAGGCCCUGACCUGCAAAGGAUUGGAUAUGUUGGUUUGUGAAGAGCAACUAUCAGUUUAUCAUAAUGCCGUAAGAUUACUAAAUUAUUUUAUACCUUGUUAAUUAUACAGCCUAUUGACAUUAUUUUUAAAUAAAUGGAACAAAUCACAAUAUGGUGUAUGAUGUUUCAGUUUUAUUUGCAAAAUAUAUAUACAUAUAUUUAAACAUUAUGUACAGAAAGGUGCAUUUUAUGCAUCACUUGUUCCUGUUGAUCAUGCUUAACACAACUAGAAAUAAAUAUCCAUGAUUGUGUGAAACACAA